AUGGAAGAUCAUCCGCUCAUCGAGCUACAUCCUGUCCUUAUUCAUCUCGCCGCCAUCCCUGCUGUUGUGAUCGGGAGCUACAAGGCUUUGAACGUCUGGCGAGCCGUCUCUGCAUUGCCUGUCAAUACACACUCUGGAUCUCUUGAUAACACACCAUCAUCACCUGUAUCCGGAACGCUCAAACAAUGGAGAGCAUUGACUGCAACAAAGAAGGCAAAAAGGGUGGCAACAUUCCUCCUCGCUUUCACCAUUGCUUUCUCCGUCAACAUGUUUUUCAUAUUCGGGUUGCCUAGAAUAUCAUCGCAGGUGGUACUUGAUACUGUUUGGUGUACACUCUUAGUACUCUUGUUGACAGGAUCUUUCCGCUACUCUUCUGAUGUUGCUAUUCCCACCACAAAAGCCGUUCGGUACCACCAGAAAACUCCAGAAUCCGGCUUUCAAUUAGCAUUCUCAUUCGAAGGUGACAAGAAGAGAGCUUUCAGAAUUGAAAUGUUGCGUCGUUUGUUCGCAAUGUUCGGUGCAUUUAGCGUUAUCUAUUCAACUUGGGCUGGCUACACGUUCCUGCACCCAAUUAUUGGCGCUACAUAUCUCAUAAAAACCAUUGGGACUAUAAGAUUUCCUACAAUGAGUAUAAGAAGAAUAGUUCAGAUUAUGGCAGCUUAUCUUACCCUUGUUCCUACGCUUGGUUUCGCUUUGGGCACGGUCAUCGAUCAUUUCAUGGGACAAUCAGAAAAUGCAAAGGAAGAAUCGCAGACGACCGACAUGACGAUGGCGAGUGACUGGAUUCUGUCUAUGAUCCUCGUGAUUGGUGACGUUUUCGGGGCAAUGGUUCCAAGUGUAAUAGUCGCUAUGACCCUGCGAUUUGAAUAUUCCUUGGUUUCAGAGCCGGUCGAUUACCCUUCCGAUUCAUCCCCCGAUGCUCCUGUUCGCGUCCCCUCCGAUUACCCGUCGUUCCCAAAGCCUAUUUUCCUCAUAUCUCUUUUCUCUCUAUUCUCCGGUUUGGCCAUUGUUGAGACGAUCUCAUUCGUCUUCCCAGGCUUCGAGUGGAUAGCGAUCACUCCGAUCACUGUUUUCAUCACUCUUCCCGUUGUAGUCCUAGGAACAUCUCUCGGUGCUGCUUGGUAUGGUCAAUUCGGACAAUGGUGGAGAUAUUCUGAGGUCUGGAUCCCGGGAAAGAAGACCAACGACUCGUCCGAGAACGGUCUUAAAGCCGAGGAGAUCGAAUCGGAGGUCGCAUUAUUGCGACCUCAAGAGAAAGAUUCUGCGUGA